UCUCUCCCAAAGCAUGGAAUAUCUUCACAACACGUCCAAGCGCAAUUUUAUGGCCAGAAGCAAUCCCAUUGGUCUGGCGGAACCAUCAAUUGCCGUGGGCAAAGAUGGCUCAUUUUACCGAAGUUCCGAGCACAUCUUCACCAACUUGAGCUCUAAUGGAAGAACAAGGGCCUCGAGCUCCACACCAGACCGAGACAUGGGACCUGGAGGCCUGAAAGCCACGAAGCAAAGGCACUCGUCCUUGUCUAAUUUAAGCGGCGGAGUGGGCAUUCGCCCUGGAGCAGGACUAAUCUCCACGGGAAAGAGGAAUAACGUACACAUGUUCAUGCCGUUUGGCGAAUCGUCCACCAAGGAGAUUGGUUACAAAAAGACUUCCUCAAGUUCCAGCUCAUCCACCACAUACAAAAGCCACCAACAAACCAGGGCCACAACGUCGAACUUUCAAAAUGCCACUAGUACCCCAAGUGAGAAAUCCUCCAAGGCGGCGAAAGAGGCUUCGACAAUCAUCAAGAAAGGAAUUGAGGAAAUCGAAUACCUGACGAAAGUGGCUGAUCGGCAAGAUGUCACAAUAGUCCAAGCACGGUCCACUCAGUCUGCCAAGGCACCAGAGCCUCAGGAAAUUCGAGUCACUUCCAAUGGGGAUCAUCUUCUUCAUGAUGGUGAGAAGCGGGAAGAAAUGAGCCCCAGCGUCAAUGGCACAUUUCAGGCGGUGGACAUGAUGCUCAAGAGCACUUUGAUCGAUGAACCCGUUCAAUUCACAGUGAAACGUGCUCCUCGAGCUAGGUCAUUGUCUCGUACGAAUACGUUCCUUCCCGAUCAGAGUGUGACCAUUUCUUUGCCGGCCUCUCGACAAACCAGUCGAAAUAGCAGCGUGGAACCUGAAGGGAUCCAAAGGCAACGUCGUCAAAGAGAGCAACAACAACAACAACAACAGCAGGAGCAGCAGCAAAGUUUAACAUCCGACCAUCGGAGCUCAAGUGUGGAGAUUUUCAAUGGAACCUACGAGAUGCGUGUUCCACAUCCUGCAUCCAGGCGAAAGCUCUCGGCCGAAAUUAGCGAGAUUAAAUCCGAGGUAUACUCGUUUACCGCUAGUGGUGACGGAAAGAGCCAGGGACAGAAAUCCAACGACAUCAUCCCACCGUCCAAUGAGUCAAUGGCACAAGAAAUGCCCAACGAGCUGACAAUGACAUCCUUGGCCAAUGGCAAAAACGAGUCGUUCACAAAUUCAGGGGCAAAACCCCCGUCAUCCUCGAACCCAAUGGCAGAAAAACGUGAGAGUGGCACAACGUCAUCAGCCAAGAAGAGUGCCUCUAUGAGGCAAGGAAAUGAUAAGCCCUCAGUCGAAAGCCACAACACCAACGGAGUGGGAUCGGCCUUGAAAGGCUUGUCGACGGCUCUAGAAAAUCUGCAAAACCAACAAAACGAACAAAAGUCCAAGUUGUUAGUCAACGGGACGAAGAAGCGGAAUGGGAAAUCUCGGAAGAGACACGGCAGUGGAGCCUCAUCCUCGGAGAUAUCCGUCAGCGUCAAUGUGAGCCUGAACUCCUCUCGGCGAUCCUCGAGGCAAACCAGUCCAGACCGAGGCAGUGUGGGAUCAGGCAUCCGCAGUCGAAGGAACAGUAUGGAUCUGUUCUCGGCCGAUUACGACAUGAAGAUGAAGAAGCAGAAGAAAGGAGGAGGAUCGGUGGAAUUGAGGCAAAAGUCCUCGAGCCACAUCCAAUAUGACGAUAACACGAAGCAGGAUUUGAAGUUGUGUUCACGUUGUCAUUCGUCGGAUCACUCGGCUCAAGGUUGCACCGAAUUUGAUGACCUUCUGUGUCCCAGAUGUCUCGAAUGGGAUCAUUGGGAGGAUACGUGCCCAUUUAAUGACCCCGAAGUGCCUGCUGCUCAAUGCAACAUCUGUGACAGCUUUGGCCAUAAAUCCACCAUCCAUGCAGUGACAGGGUUCCAGCAGCGACGAGUCAUUGUCGAUACCAUGAGUUGGGAACCCUUCAACGGGUGGUUUUACGAGAGCGUCUUCAGAUCGUGGUGGCAACUCAACGGCUGUGGGGGCGUGCCUUUGUAUAAACUCUACCGACGUAAAACUGACUGGCGAACGGAUGUCCAACCAAUAAUCGGCGAAUGCAAUGACGAGAUGUCCGAUUUUGGACGCUCGCUCGCUCGCCCGCAGCAACCCGACACGAAAAAUUACUCCCUGAGCAAAACGGACAGUCUUGAGGAGCUCAUGAAAACCGUGCGGGCUCCUAGGACCCGCAGACCACCCUCAGUAUCGGAUGAUCCCGACAGUGGCCGAUCGACGCCCGAGCACUUGAAGAAAUAUUCUGGCUCCACCGAUCAGGAGGAGGCUAGUUCCGGGAGUGACAAGACCAAAAGGCUGCGCACGUUUUCAGAGACUCUCAAGAUGUUGGACGAUGAUAUUUUGGCCGAGCUAAAUAUUGACAAAUGAGCCGAACAAGCCAGGAAUUGGUACGCGAUUGGUGGCGCUCGUUUCUAAUGGUGUAACUUGGUGUCAAAGGCAAGCAGAGCGAGUGAGUUUUAUUGUUAUCAAUUCAGUCGCACGGACAGAAUCAUAUUGAAUGCCCAGAGUACACGGGAGAAAAUGUUAUUGUGGAACAAUAUGCACGGUGGUGGCUCGACCGUUGGAAUACUUUUAGAGCUCGAUUCUAGCUAGCUGUAAGCUCUUGACAAUGAAAUGAGUAGGUAAGUAGCCACUUGAUGCAAUGGAAACUUUUGUCACACCUGACAAAUACUGACAUGAAAUUUGGCACAAAUACACACGUAAAAUCACAGACUGUUGGAGGACAUUGGUGAAGAAAUUUUGUGGGUUUUUCAUUUUGGAAUAAUGCUGAUCUCGAGGUUGAGAUUGAUCAUUUUGGCAAACAUAUAUCACAAUCAGUUCAUUAAUAAAUAGUGGAGUAUCGGGGUCA